CAAGUAUAGAAGUCCUUAAGAAAGGGGAGAAAAAACUUGGGUGUUGGUUAGUUUGGGUCCCAGUGUGUUACAGUUGAGUUGUAAUGAUUAAUUAAAUUAUACCCUAAAACAAAAUACAGACUACUUAUUUAUACUCAAUUAAUAUUUUUCACCAGGUGAUAUAAUUUAAUAACAUUUCUUUCAACCUAACAAUUCCACACAAAACCCAAACAUCACCAGUGAUAGUGUGUAGUAGACAAUAAUAGUAAAAAAGAAAGAAAAAGAGAAAGCAAUCUGGUUAUUGAAUUUGUUCAAUGAAGAAUAUUUGUGGAACAUUGCUCAAUAUAUAUGGAAUCUGGCCAUAUGGGUUUUUUAAGAAAUUGGGUAUUCCUGGACCAAGGCCUCUUCCAUUUUUUGGGACAUUCCUAGAAUAUCGCAAGGGAAUUUUGGAGUUUGACAAGGAAUGUUUUAAGAAAUAUGGCAAAAUGUGGGGGUUUUAUGAUGGCAGACUUCCUGUAUUAGCCAUUCUGGAUCCAGCCAUGAUCAAAAUAGUUCUAGUGAAAGAGUUUUAUACACUCUUUACCAAUCGUCGGACUUUUGGUUUAAAUGGAAAUUUGGAUUCUGCCAUCAACAUGGCUAAAGGAGAGAAGUGGAAAUGGAUCCGGUCCAUCAUCUCCCCAACAUUCACCACUGGGAAACUCAAGGAGAUGUUUCCCAUUAUCAAACACAACGUAGAUGUUCUGGUGAAAAACAUUGAGAAGAAAGUGGUCCAAGAUGAGUCUGUGAAUAUGAAGGACAUCUUUGGAGCCUAUAGCCUGGAUGUCAUCACCAGCACUUCCUUUGGUGUGGACAUCGACUCUAUCAACAAUCCCAAUGACCCCUUCCUCAUCCACAUCAAGAAGCUGUUCGCUUUCAGCUUUAUGAGCCCUUUACUAAUCUUAAUAUUGGUAUUUCCUUCUCUUGUGCCCAUAUUGGAAAAAAUGAAUCUGAGCCUCUUGUCUAAAGAAAAUAUUACCUUUCUUGAGAAUGCAGCACGGCGUAUCAUGGCAGACCGAAAAAAGAGCAACAGCAGGGAUCGGGUGGAUUUCUUGCAAUUAAUGAUUGAUUCCCAGGUCACGAAUGGCUCUGUAUCUGAAGAGAGGAAUAACUCUCCAAAAGCUCUGACUGAAAAGGAGAUUGUUGCUCAAGCAGUUACUUUUCUUUUUGCUGGUUAUGAAACUACAAGCACAACCCUCAACUUCAUCACCUAUAACUUGGCCACCCAUCCUGAAAUCCAGAAGAAACUCCUUGAGGAAAUAGAUAGUACUCUACCCAACAAGGCAGUCCUCACCUAUGAUACCAUCUUCCAGAUGGAAUAUUUGGACAUGGUGGUGAAUGAGACACUUAGGCUCUUCCCCCUUGGAGGGCGCAUAGAGAGAAUCUGCCAAAAAACUGCUGAGAUCAAUGGGAUAACCAUUCCCAAGGGGACAGUGGUGUUGAUCCCUGUCUAUGUUCUGCAUCAUGACCCAGAGUACUGGCCAGAACCUGAAGAGUUCCGUCCUGAAAGGUUUGAUCGAGAAGGAAGAAAAUCCAUGGACCCAUAUGUAUUCCUUCCCUUUGGAGCUGGUCCUCGGAACUGCGUUGGAAUGAGGUUUGCUCUGCUGACCUUGAAGACUGCUCUGGUCACCCUCUUACAGAAUUUCACAGUGGAGCCCUGCAAGGAGACCCCGAUUCCCUUGGUAAUAGACACAAAGGGUUUUAUGCAGCCCAAGAAGCCGAUCAUUCUGAAGCUUGUUCCUAGACCAAGACCUAAUGUUGAGGAAUAGAAACUAAGGACUUGGUGUCAUAAGAAGACUUUUCACUUUCCUUCUCCCUCUCACAACUCCCUCUUCCAUUUAAGAGGCAUGUGACACAAUGCGUGGACUGCUAUGUUCAAAUCUUGCCUCUCACAUUUACUAGUUUAUGUGCUCCUAUGUAACCCACAACUUCUCCAAGACUCAGUUUUUUCAUUGUAAAAUGAAAAAACUUGUAGUACAUACCUCACCAGGCUUUUGUGAAGUUCAAAUGAGACAAUGUAGAUAAUUGGUUAUUUUUUUCACUGUAGUGUUAGGAUCUCAUGAUCAAGUUGGAGUGAUGAGUUCCUAUUAUCUUAUCUUAAAUUCUAUCUCUUCAUUCUCCAUGUCCCCACCCUCCCAAACAUAUAAACUCAAAAAACAAUCAUAAAAAUUAAGACAUCAAUUCUUCCUACUGACCAGCUACAGAUUAUCUAGGGUUUUCUAAAUAAACCAUCACAUUGUCUUUAAAA